GUGUUUGUGUGCGAUUCAUAAGUCAAAAACUGUAAGAUUGCAUAUUUAUUUGCUACUGAAAAAAAAAGAUGAAAUUUCAAAGACCUAAAAGAAAGGGAUUAGUAUAAACAAGUUUUUAGUAUACCACAAAUUAUACAUGUCAAAAAGAAAAUAGGAUAGAAUACAAAUAUACAAGGGUCAUGCAGAAGUUGACAAUUUAAGGUAAGAAAUUGCUUGAAAUACACCCAAAUUUUAAUUUUUUUCCUAAGCAUAUGAAUGAUUAUAAGUAAAGCUCAACUGAAAACUAAUUUUUUCAUCUGUUUCAGAACUAUUUCAAUAAGGCAAAUUUGCUUGAAUAAUAGGGGCCUAAAUGACAAAAAACAAAAAUAAGUAAAAAAAUCUUCUCUUGUGGUUGUCAUUGUAUAAACUCAAUUAAGAUGCAUAAGAUCAACAAUCCAUCCUAACAAAAGAAUUCCUCCCAGCUGUGAAUAAAUAUUUUAUUUAACAAGAUCUGUUAUAAUAAGGCAUACCCUUCCAACAUCACACCUUCUAAUAUGUGCCUCCAACCAAAUAUGGGUAAGUGGGUUAAUUGGUUAAUCCAUAUCUGGGUAGUGGGUCAUAAGAGAGCAAAAUCAUUCUUCCAUUUCAAGUUCAAGGCAAUUUUAUACCAGUGCUUGUUCCAGACAUGGAUCACAGAGAGGCUAAAACUCCAUUGUUUAUAUAGAGGGAAAAAAAACUUCAACAAAGAAAGAUCAGGCACUGGGUUGUAAUCUUCUGGAAAUAUGGCUAUGAACCUGAAUUUGGCAGAUGUGUUGGGGAGCUCCUGGCCCUCUUUCUAUCAGGGGUCAGGGACAAUGAAAACAAGCAACAAAUCUGAAUGAAGUGCUCCGCUGCAGUUGUUUUUCCACCACACUUCUGUUACGCAGCAGUCUGGAACCACCCAGCUUUUUGUGCAUGGUAGGUAGACUGUAGGAUCACUUUUUGCAAUUAAAAUUAUAACCACUAUUAGGAUGAAUAAUUAAAAUACUUAUCUUUAGCACUGAUCAUUAAAUUAAUUAAAUUAUAUGGAUACUUUCAAUGGUUUUAAUUAUUAAAUUUCUUUCCUUAAAUUAUCAUUGCUUUUAUUCUUCUUUCUUGCUGUCUGCAAUAUAUUGAAAAAAAUACUUUUUCAAUGUGAAACAGUGUAAGUUUAUUAAAUGUUACCCCUAAAAAAUCGGCAAAGAAUUAAUCUUUCGUCAGUUGCUCAUGCAAAAUGAUAAAUAUAUUAUUUAUAUUAUUUUCAUCUCUCAAGGACUUUACCAAGAUGCACCUGAACACUUUCACCUGCCUGUUUCUAUUGGUACAACUGUUCCAAAGUAGGCACACAGCUAGACUGAACACAACAAAGCCCAGAGGUGACAACUCGACCAAACAGCAAUGUCAACUGGAUCUGAAGAUUCCAGAUUACAACAAACUGUGUCCAGAUCACAGGAAGCAGAUGCAUCGUCACAAUGUCCUCCUUACUAAACUCAUUAAGGCACAAGAAGCUUUUAUGUCUGAAAUGAGUGUCUUAAUCAAACAAGUCAAUGAGAAAAAUAUACAAGAUGAGCAAGAUCUGCAAGAUGAUGAUAAAUUGAACAAAGACCAAGGAGACAGUGCAAAUCAACUAGAAUCAACCCCGGUAGAAAAAAAUGGGGGAAUUCUUGUGGCUACUCUCGAGGUGAAUGAGGUAAAAAAUCAUGAAAAACAAACUGAGCAAUUAACAAUGCGCCUUGAAUACCUGACCAAACAAAUGAACAAGCAGAAUGAAGUCCUUAACCAGAUGAUUCUAGAGAGAUCUGAGUAUAAGAUGAACCUGGAAAAUAUGAAGAUGCAGAUGUUUGAUGCCUUGCGUGACUUCAAGAGCCUAGAGACCAAGGUGGACACCAUGCAGUCACAUAUGACUUUUCAGUACAGACCACAAGUUGACGUUGCUCCUCUCACUGAGUUCCAUCAGACUAUUUACCUGGAUGAACAGUAUGCCCUUCCAGUAGCAGAUCCAGGAUCUGUGGUCUUCGAGUGCACAUUUGAAAAAGACCUAUGUGGCUGUGCUCAGGAUACAGAUGAUGACUUUGAGUGGACAAGGCACAGCAAAGAAACAACUACAAGAAUGACAGGGCCAUCACAUGACCACACAACUAGAGGAAUGGGCUAUUACAUGUACAUUGAGACAUCUCCCCCACUGAAGCCUGGGGAUAAAGCCCGCCUUACAACCCCUCCUAUGGCCAUGAGUAAAGAUGGCUACUGUGUCCAGUUUUACUACCACAUGUUUGGCUAUUCAACUGGGUCUCUCAGUGUAUAUGUCAACACAGGGAAAGACGGAAGAAUGAGAAAGACUCCCGUCUGGACAAGAACAGGUAACCAAGGCAACAUUUGGCACAAAGCCCAGGUGAGACUGGUGGCAGUGGACAAAGUCCAGGUGACAUUUGAAGGGAUCCGAGGGUUCACAGGACUGGGAGAUAUUGCCCUGGAUGAUAUCUUGAUCAGAAAUGGAAAAUGUAUUUGAAGGAAUCAAUCUUUUUCAAAUGACAUUAAGGGAAACAAGUCAUGUUUUCAAAAAAAUGUUAUGUCACUUGUUAUUCCUUAUAUCAAUCUUCUUCUUUAUCUUUAAUUUUUUUUUUUUUUGCAGGAUUUAGAGUUCUUACAUAUAGCUUAAAGUAUCAUAACCAUCGCAUAUUAAAAAUUUAUCAGAAAAUGGUCAUAAAUAUAUGCAACAAUUAAGUGAAAACAUGCCAUAAAAUGACACUAGGAGUAACACAUACAGUGAUUUUUUCACAUUUUAAUGAAUAAACAGACGUGAAGUAUUAGUAAAACUGGUGAAGUAUUUUUUAAUGACUAACUGACAUCACAAUAUUGACAAUUUCAUUAUUCCUAACACCUUCCAUCUUCCCAUUUUAUAAGAAUAUAAUUAUUAACACCCUACAAUUCUGGUCCUAUGACAACACAAUGACUAAAAUGAAGCAACAUGGACUAAGGAAAACAGCAAAAAAAAAUCUUUUGCCAUUUUGCACAAGAAAUUAACCCGAAAAAUCCAUAAACACAUACACCUUUAAUAUCUGAUACAGUC